AAUAAUGAUUGUCCAAUAAUAUACAUUGUUUUGAUUUUAUUUCUGUUUGUCUUGAAUGGGCUCUCACUGUUUUUCUGUGUUUUUUCUUCUCCUGCAGGUUCUUCAUUAUUUCUUGGUUUAGCUUCAAUGGCGGAUUGGUUCAGAAUUUACAUGAACUCGGAUUUUUACGUGGAAAUUUCCAAUGUGGCUUUCUGGGUAUUGUUUAUUGGAUGGUUUUUGAUAGAUUUCUUGAAAAAAAUGAGACAUGGGAGUGAUUUAAACAAGCAAAAUAAAUCAGUUGUUGAAGAAGCACAAACCCUUGUAAUAACGAGAUUAACUGUUCUGUGUAAUGUAAUAAUUUCAGGGUUGAAUUUUGGCUAUGGGUUUUAUGAAUAUAAUUUGGGUAAUAAUGGAGUUUUUAAGUAUAAUUCAGUUUCUUGGAUUUUAGCUAUGGUGGUUGUUUUGUAUUCUUGUUAUAGAAGUGUUGGAGAAGAUGGUAAAAGGUGGCCUCUAGUCCUUAUACUUUGGUGGGUUUUUUCUUGUAUUUACUGUUUAUUUUCUGUCUCUAUUUAUGUCCUUAUCCAUAGUUUUGAGUUCUUCCAGUUUGUUAAUCCUUUGCCUGAACCCACCAUUGUUGAGUUUGUUUCUUUGCCGUUUUUGAUUUGUGUUCUUGCUAUGAGAUUUAGGUGUAGUAGUAGAAAAUUAGGAAGUGGUUUACAACAGCCUUUGCUUGAGGGAUUAGAAAAGAGAGUUUUAACUGAUUUAGGUGGUUUUAGUAAUUGUGGAAUUUGGAGUCAAAUUACUUUUCGGUGGUUGAAUCCACUUUUUAGUAGGGGACGGGUUCAGAAGCUGGAAUUGUCUCAUAUACCUUCAGUUCCUCUAUCAGAAACUGCAAAAUUUGCUUCUUUGUUGCUUGAGGAAUCACUUGGUAAAAGGAAAGGUGAAAGCUAUAACUUGCCUAAGGCCAUAGUGUAUUCUGUGUUGAAAUCCUUGACUGUAAAUGGAAUUUUUGCAGGAAUUAACACAUUUGCCUCAUAUAUGGGUCCUUUUCUGAUCACAAGCUUUGUGAAUUUCUUAUCUGAGAAAAAGAAAAGUUCAAGCUACCAAUAUGGGAUGAUUCUUGCAUUUAUCUUCUUUAUCUCAAAGACAGUUGAGUCAUUAACUCAAAGGCAAUGGUACUUCGGUGCUCAGCGGAUCGGUAUACGAGUAAGGUCAGCUCUUAUGGUGUUGAUUUACGAAAAGUCUCUUUCAGUUCAAUUUUCUGGUCCUAGUAAUGGUACUAUUAUAAAUAUGAUCAAUGUUGAUGUUGAAAGAAUUGGAGAUUUCUGUUGGAAUAUUCAUAGAAUAUGGUUGCUGCCAGUUCAGAUAUUUUUAGCACUUGUUAUUCUAUAUAUGAAUCUGGGUGCUGCUCCUUCAGUUGCUGCUCUUGCUUCAACAAUUUUGAUUAUGGUAAGCAACACACCAUUGGCUAAUAAGCAAGAAGAGCUUCACUCAGAUAUCAUGGAAGCUAAGGACUCAAGAAUUAGAGCAACUUCAGAAACUCUCAAGAGCAUGAGAGUUUUAAAAUUGUAUUCAUGGGAAUCAACAUUUUUGAAUAAGCUUCUUCAACUUAGAAAUGAUGAGAGAAAUAAGCUGAGAAGCUAUCUCUACACAAGCUCAGCAAUUGCCUUUCUCUUUUGGGCUUCACCAACUUUAGUGUCUGUCAUAACCUUUGGAGUCUGCAUUUUACUAAAAACACCAUUGACAACUGGUUCAGUCCUCUCAGCUUUAGCGACAUUCCGGAUACUGCAAGAGCCCAUUUACAAUCUUCCUGAGCUCAUUUCCAUGAUUGCUCAAACUAAGAUUUCGAUUUAUCGGAUCCAAAAGUUUAUAAAGGAAGAGGGUCAAAGAAAACAGAUAUGUUAUCAUAACUCACAAGCAUCUGACAUUGCAGUUGAAAUUGAGCCUGGAGAGUAUGCUUGGGAAACAAGUAAUCCGAACAUAAGGAAACCUACUAUUAGGAUUACAGAGAAAAUGAAAAUAAUGAAGGGUUAUAAAGUUGCUGUUUGUGGAUCAGUAGGCUCAGGAAAAUCAAGUCUGCUCUGCAGUAUACUUGGCGAGAUCCCCAGAAUUUCUGGAUCGGGGAUCAAAGUUCAUGGGAAAAAAGCUUAUGUUCCUCAGAGUGCUUGGAUUCAGACAGGGACAGUGAAACAAAAUGUGCUGUUUGGCAAGGAUUUUGAUAAGGCCUUUUAUGAGGAUGUUUUGGAAGGAUGUGCUUUGAAUCAAGAUAUAGGGAUAUGGAUUCAUGGAGAUUUGACUGUGGUGGGAGAGAGAGGGAUGAACUUGAGUGGAGGACAGAAGCAGAGAAUUCAACUUGCUAGAGCUGUUUAUAGUGGUUCAGAUGUUUACAUCUUGGAUGAUCCUUUCAGUGCUGUCGAUGCGCAUACAGGAACACAUUUGUUCAAGAAAUGUCUUGCACAGCUCUUGUCUCAGAAGACUGUAAUAUAUGCUACACAUCAGCUAGAAUUUCUAGAUGCUGCAGACCUUGUUCUGGUGAUGAAAGAUGGUAUGAUUAUCCAGUCAGGAAAAUAUGAGGAUUUAAUUGCAGAUCCAACCAGUGAGCUUGUUAGACAAAUGGCUGCUCAUAAGAGGUCACUAAACCAAGUGACUCCGCUGCCCCAAGUUAAAAGCUUAACUAGCAGAGCAUCUCAGUUAUGCCAGACAGAAGUCAUAGAAGAAAGAAUGGAGGUGCCAUUCAUUAACAGCGGAUUAUCAGAUCGAACUCAAGAAGAAGAAAGUGAAACUGGUAGAGUAAAAUGGAGUGUUUACUCAACUUUUGUUACUGCAGCUUAUAAAGGAGCUCUAGUUCCAGUCAUCCUUCUAUGUCAAAUCCUGUUUCAAGGGCUACAAAUAGGAAGCAAUUAUUGGAUUGCUUGGGCAUCAGAAGACAGUCAUAAAAUCAGCAGAGAGAAGUUGAUUGGAAUAUUUGCUCUAUUGUCUGGUGGAAGCUCCAUCUUUAUAUUAGGAAGAGCAGUUUUCCUGGCAACUAUAGCUGUUGAAACUGCUCAGCGGCUCUUCCUUGGAAUGAUCACAUCAGUUUUUCGAGCUCCUAUUUCAUUCUUUGAUUCCACCCCUUCAAGUAGAAUACUCAAUAGGUCGUCGAUGGAUCAAAGCACAGUAGACACAGACAUUCCCUACAGAUUAGCUGGAUUGGCAUUUGCACUGAUUCAGUUGUUAAGCAUCAUUAUCUUAAUGUCUCAGGUGGCUUGGCAGAUCUUUCUUCUCUUUCUCAUCAUCCUUGGAAUCUCCAUGUGGUAUCAGGCAUAUUACAUUACCACUGCAAGAGAAUUAGCAAGGAUGGUUGGAAUUAGAAAAGCUCCUAUUUUGCAUCACUUUUCAGAAUCCGUAGCAGGGGCAGCAACAAUUCAUUGUUUUAAUCAGGAAGAUCGCUUUAUGGACAGAAAUUUGAGCCUAAUUGAUGAUUAUUCUCGCAUUGUCUUCCACAACACAGGAACGAUGGAAUGGCUAUGCGUUCGGAUCAACUUUCUCUUCAAUCUCGUAUUCUUCCUAGUUCUGAUCAUUUUGGUGAACCUUCCUGUGUCAGCUAUAGAUCCCAGCUUGGCUGGGCUGGCAGCUACCUAUGGUCUGAACCUGAAUGUUCUUCAGGCUUGGGUUAUAUGGAACUUAUGCAAUGUAGAGAACAAAAUGAUAUCAGUUGAAAGAAUUCUACAGUUCACCAAUAUAACCAGUGAAGCUCCCUUGGUGAUCCAAGACAGUAGGCCAAAUCCUGAAUGGCCAGUAGAUGGAAAAAUUGAACUGGUGAAUCUUUGUGUUCAAUAUAGUCCUUCUCUUCCAAUGGUUCUCAAAUCGAUAACUUGCACAUUUCCUGGAGGAAAGAAAAUUGGCGUAGUAGGAAGAACAGGAAGUGGAAAAUCAACUUUAAUUCAAGCACUUUUUAGGGUGAUUGAGCCAUCAGAAGGACAGAUUCUUAUUGAUGGACAGGACAUUUCCAAGAUUGGUCUCCAAGAUUUGAGAUCUAGGCUAGGAAUAAUACCUCAAGACCCUACAUUGUUUCAAGGAACGGUUAGAGCUAAUCUGGACCCUUUGCAGCAACACACAGAUCAAGAAAUCUGGGAGGUUCUUAAAAAGUGUCGCCUUGCUGAUAUAGUUAGGCAGGAUUCAAGGCUUCUUGAUGCACCAGUUGCAGAAGAUGGAGAAAACUGGAGUGUGGGGCAGAGGCAGCUUGUUUGUCUGGCAAGAGUGCUUCUAAAGAAGAGGAGAAUUUUGGUAUUAGAUGAAGCCACAGCUUCUAUUGAUACAGCAACAGACAAUUUAAUUCAGGGAACGAUAAGGGAAGAAACAAGUAGAUGCACAGUCAUAACCGUCGCACAUCGAAUACCCACCGUCAUCGACAAUGACCUUGUUUUGGUUCUUGAUCAAGGCAAGGUAAUAGAGUUUGACUCUCCUCAGGAGUUGCUAAAAGACAACUCUUCAUCAUUUUCUAAACUGGUUUCGGAAUUCUUGAGGAGAUCGUCCUAAUAAAACCUCGCCAAAAGGGAAGUUUAAGCGUGGCGGUUCGUUAACAAAGGUCUUAAACUAAUCAGCAUACAUAACCGAUACCAUGUAUAGUGAAGCUAGAGAGUUAGAAAACACAUAGAAUAGGUAGAACUUAGCAUUGCUAACCAUGAGCCAUAGCUUUUCCGAGAUGUAAUUGAUGAAACUAUUCUUAAAUAAGAAAUUGCAGAUAUUGUGAGAUUGUACAUAGAGCUGUAAAUGAGCCGAGUUUUAAGGUGUUCAUGUUCGAUUCA